CAGUGGUUGCUUCUCAUGACUGUCCUGCAAACCAUAUUUAUAACUCUUAAUCUAGCUGGCCUUGCAACAAAAGACAGCCCAGGAGACACGAAGCAACACCCAAGUAGCAUGAUAGCUCAAGGCAUCUUGGGGUUCAUGCGACCCCUGUGCAGUGGACUGAAUGUGAGCAAAACUCGCUUUAUUUUUCUCUGUGGGAUGACAGAACAGAAUUGUAUGCCAGCAAAGCAGGUGUCAAGAAGGGGUUUCAGCUCAACAUGCAAGCUCCAGGGUGCCCCCAGGGAGUCAAGCUCUGCAGACCAGGUGACAGUGCAUUUUAUAAAUCGGGAUGGAGAGCGACUUACAACCACAGCCAAAGAAGGGGAGAGUUUGCUAGAAGUGGUAGUCAAUCAAAACUUGGCCAUUGAUGGAUUUGGUGCAUGUGAAGGGACAUUAGCCUGCUCCACCUGUCACCUCAUCUUUGAGAAGGAUACCUUUCAAAAGCUGGAUGCCAUCUCAGAUGAAGAGAUGGACAUGCUGGACUUGGCAUAUGGACUCACUGAGACAUCUCGCCUUGGUUGCCAGGUGCGCAUUAAGAAGUCGAUGGAUGGUCUGACAGUGCAGGUCCCCAUGGAGGUAUCAGACAUCAGGAGGCAGCUGGAGGUCGGAAAGCAAAGCAAACAGUAACUGGAAACGACUCCUGCCCAACCCACUUCCUUUAGCUUUUUGGUCUCUAGCAUCAAAACUAUGCAGCGUCUCAGUGUCAGAUUGCAUCUGAACAACCAGACACCAGGUGGAGCUCGCUCUACAUCAGCGACUCGUGAAACAGCAAGCAGAAGGGAAGAGGAUGCGACUUGAACCUGAAUUUCCUUGACUUCGUUUUAUUUCUGUUCUUUCCUCAAUCUCUUACACUGAGUCAUGACUAGCUCUGUAUUGGAAGGCUCAGAGCAGUUAUCCAUGUUUGAUUUCAGCUGCUACCUCCAUACCUUUCCCUAGGGCAGGAGUAAUGUUGACAUGAGUUCUGCCACUCUAAGCGUAGUCCAGUGUCAGUGUGGGGCUCACAGGUGAAGAGUGACAUCCUGUAUAUCCCCAGGUACAAACUUUGGUUUCCUCUCUGGUCCAUUCACUGUGCAAAAAUCCAUACAAAGUUUUAUGCUGGGAGACUAAGACAAGGGUUUACAAUGGGGGUAUUUUUCUGGUGCUGAACACUUGCUUGUGACUUACCAUAGGUUGUAAAAGAGGUUAAAUGAAAGCAGUGAAGCCACCAGUUUCAGUACCACUUCAUGUCUCCCUGAUUCUGCCACUAUCCAUUUGCAAAGCAGAGAUGAUUUGUGGCUUUGCAGUCCCUCUCAUCAGUCACCUCCUGGUUGUAAGCCCAAAGCUGGACCCCAGUUUGCAGCUGAAAGAUGUCACUUCCCUGCACAGAGGCAUUGAAGCCAUGUGCUGUUGGGGGGGCAAGUGAGGCACUAGCUGCUGGCUUAAAAUGGCUGAGUGGCUGUCACAUUCCUCUUCAGAGCAUUGUUGCCCUUCAAAGAAAAGGUUUCUAGGGCAUGUUGCUUUGAAAUGCAGGUAGCAAAAAUAGCCUAUGCUUCCCUUGCAAGUCUAACACUCAAAGUUGCCAUAGGGUACAGGUGAGUAUGCUGCACAAAGGGGCUAUCUGCAAAGGAUGAGGGUAGAAUCGCUUCUGAACUUCUCUGGAUACCUGGCUUUCCUGACUCUAUUGGGAUAUAAGAAGUGGAAUUAAGACAGUUAAAAUAGACAACUGUAGUUGCCCUUAGGCACUUCUAUCAGUUUCGGUCAGCCUGAGGGAUAAGGGAACAAAUUAUACAUGCCAAACAGAAAUGAAGAGGCUGAAGUGCAUGACUCGUCUUCUCAAGGCAAAUGAGCUGGACUUGCUUGGCCUAUCAAGGCAGAAUGCUGCAGACACUGUGCUGUAGUCAGUGUCAGGCUCAAUGUGCCCUCCCUGACCUGGAAGUAUUCACAUCCAUUUAAACCUCCCUGAAGAAGACCAACACAGUACUUUAACUCUGGUUAAAGCCUUCUGUGAGCUACUUUGUUAAAACAGCAGUAAUGUUAUCUAUUGCCUUCUCCUUGAUGCAGUGUGGGUAGGUGUAUUCCCCUGGAGGGGAGCUCAAAUAAUGAGGGCAAGAGAAGCCAGGGAGCUGGGAGAGGGUUCCUUGUGAGCAAGACCCAGUCUCACAGCUUGAGUGGGAUGCAUGUGCAUGUAUCAUGGCAUGGUUUGGUUCAUGGCAUGGUUGCAAGCACGACCACCCAAGCACAGAAGAGAGGGAAAGUAGGAGCAAAGAGGGAACAAAAGGCAAUUGCCACAUCACAAGCAAACUGUCUCUUUUUAUUGAAAUAGUUACAACCAUAGCUCUUGAAAAAAAACUGAAUGCCUCUGUAGUGUUUUGUGAGUGCACAGAAAUGAUGGCAGGUGGUUUGUACUACAAGUAUAUAUACCGUUCAUCAUCAACAAGGGCCACCAAGGUGAGCUGGGACAGAGAAUGCCACAUCUGAGAAUUAAACACUAAGCAGGACAAAUCAUUUUCUAUACACCUUAUAAAGUGGACUUGGGGCUCCUUCAAUCCCUAGAGGAAUGUGGUGUGAACUUUGAGUCCUGGGCCAGCUAACAGGCCCUGACUGUCACUGGCACCUGGAAGAUACUUACUGGAUCAUUUUACAAAGGUAAUGUCCCCUCUGUGCAAGGGCUGAACCACAGCUGAUGCCAAGCAAUCCCAGGCAUGGCCAUGGCAUAUACUUGGCAACCUGCACGGGGCACUUACUCCACAAGGAUAGCCAUUUGAUCACUAAGAUUCAUGUAUUUCUCUUGUCCUUCACCCAUUCACUAGUAACUGAGUAAAAGGGCUGUCUCACUCUGAGAGAAACCACUGUAGAAAACUCUUAGGUAACUUUCAAAUGAAACAUACUGAACAUUUUAACCUUUGAGACUUUUCCCAUCAUUUUCUUAAUACCAGUCAAGCUAACGUGGUGCUCUUAGCGUCUUCUUAGACAAGUCUUUUUUGAAGUCCCAUUAAGUCCCAUCAUGGCAAAAGCCAUUCUGAGCAUUGUCUUGAGUGGAAUCAUGGGGAUGCUCCAGGAGUUUACUGGCUGCAUUUCUUUAGUGGUAAAAUAUAAACAGGCUUCUUAACACAUCCCUGCCUGUCACUUUUCCGUAUUUAAUUCUGCUGGAGUGCCAUGGGCUAUGGUCUUUGAUGUGUGGGAUCUCACUACUCUGACAUCAGCUGCUGCCAAAACCUGGACAGUUAGCCUAUAGAGUGUCUGUCAGCUUCCUGGCUGGAUGGGACUUUGCUGCAGCAUCCACUUAACAACAUUCUUGACUACUUCCACAACUCCUUAACUUCAUGCUAAAGCCAAAUACUGCUCAAGUCCUUCCCAGAAUGACUAGGGAUUUGAUUAGGAGUCCCAUUCACUGCUGUCCUCUGGAAAGGGCUGUCUGAAAUGUCACCAUCAUUCACAGAAAAAUGUCACCUUUUACUGAGACUGAAAGGACCAUCUGCUCCCAGAGAAUACCAUAGAACACAGACAUUCUUAGCCCUUCUGAAGUGACAGAACUUCACUGAUGUUCUUUGUAGUAACUGUGCCCUUUAUAGUAACUGUGGCUCUGUCAAAUGCUAGCUUUGGAGGAGGUAUGACAAGAGAGAAUCAAUAUAAACUUGGGAAAAAAAAAAAAACAAAA